AUGGAAGUCAAGCUACGCACAAAUUGCAAUUCGUUCACAUUUGCACAAAUAUCCCCCCUUCUGGCAGAGCAAAAUAGCCACUUUAGCAACACAUUAUAUAUGCACAGGUACUCCACAGUCGUCCAACUCAAGCUCAGUCUAGUCAAGCGAUUAUUCAGCCUGGCUUAG